AUGGAUAACUUCCAGCUAACAUUAUCCUCGAUCGCUUUGAAAUUGUUAAUUUUGCCAGACUGUUUUCUGCCAUUUCUAAGUGCAACGAUUACCUGUAAAUCGGAAAGUGACUGCCCCAGUGGACCAUGUGUAUACAGUCUAAAUCGUAUGCAAAAAGUCUGUUGUGAGCCAAAACCAGGAUCGGUACAACCUGAGUGCUCAAUUGGAAAACCAGCAAAGUUUCCGAUAUUGUGUGAUCCGAAUAAUCAGGAUGACGAUGCUUGUCCGGAUGAUUACGAAUGUCGUGAAAGCACCACAAACUUUGAGAAGAACAACAGUGAGCCCAACUAUUUGUGCUGUCACUGA